UCGACGACGAUACGGUAAUUGCCGUCAGCUGUGGAUGCCCUGCUUUGCAGGAACUUAAUGUCAGAGAAGCAGAGUUGCUGUCUGAUACUGCAUUCUCUCAGAUCUACCAUCUGGAACAUCUUGAAAUACUGGACGUGUCGUGGUGCAAGGGUCUCGCCGGAGCCCUGUUCCCUUGCCUCGCCAGGCUACCGCGACUUCACACCUUGUUCGCAGAAGAACUGGAGUUUCCCAUGAUGCAACCUGGUCUGAGCAGUAUCCUCGCGUUGUCCAGUGUGCGCUGCCUGAUAUUCAACUAUUCCGUUGUUACUGGAGUGCCAUUUCAUAAGUUCCCAGGAAAGCUGGUCAGUCUCAGGGAGCUGAAAAUCCGAGGCUGUCAAGGUGACCCUAAAGCCACAGAUGGACUGUGUGAGCAGAUGCCUGAUCUCAAAAUCUAUGGCAGCAUUGAAGCAGAGGAUCCACCUUUCAACACAGAAGAUCACCAGAAUGAUGUAGACCUUGAAGGGGAAGAGAAUGUGGGGCUCGGUGGAGCAGACGAAAUACGUGACGACCGUUCAGAUAGUGGCAAAGUCAGUGACGUUGACAGUAGCAGUAGCAGUGGUAAUGAGAGUGAUAGUAUUAUUUGGGAUGAAAGUAGUAUACCUUUUCUCUUUCUGCAGGAUGUGUGA